AUGGCAGGGCAUGACAACCCUCGACCAACACUCGAGAUCAAGAAGCUCAGAUUCACCUACCCUGGAAUCGACGGCCAUCCUCCGCCGGGUUCCACUCCUUUGAUCGAUGAUUUCUCCCUCACACUCUUCCCCGGCGAUCGCUGCCUCCUUGUCGGAUCCAAUGGCGCCGGUAAAACAACAAUUUUGAAAAUAAUUGGGGGAAAGCACAUGGUUGAGCAAGAUAUGGUGAGGGUCAUGGGCCGAUCCGCCUUCCACGACACCGCCUUGACUGCCUCUGGUGAUCUUGCUUAUCUUGGUGGUGAGUGGAGGCGUGAAGUUGCUUUUGCUGGUUUUGAGGUUCCAAUUCAGAUGGACGUUUCUGCUGAGAAAAUGAUAUUUGGAGUAGCAGGUAUCAAUCCCCAAAGGCGAGAUGAACUAAUCAAGGUUUUAGGCAUUGACCUCUCCUGGAGAAUGCAUAAAGUAUCUGAUGGCCAAAGAAGACGAGUCCAAAUCUGUAUGGGUCUUCUAAAGCCAUUCAAGGUCCUCCUGCUUGAUGAGAUCACUGUUGACUUAGAUGUGCUCGCCAGAGCAGACCUCCUAAAGUUUCUUAGGAAGGAAUGCUUAGAACGAGGCUCUACCAUUAUUUAUGCCACCCAUAUAUUUGAUGGGCUUGAGGAUUGGCCAUCUCAUAUUGUUUAUGUGGCUCGCGGGAAAUUGCAACUAGCAAUGCCUAUGAAUAAAAUCAAGGAGAUAAGCAAUUUGUCACUUAUGAGAACUGUGGAGAGUUGGUUGAGAAAAGAGAGAGACGAGGAGAGGAAACUGAGAAAAGAGAUAAAGGACCGUGACACGGGUGAUCCUAGCCCAGCUGCUAGUGCCCGGGUACUGAACAAUGGAUGGGCUGCUGGGAGGCUGAGUUCGACUGUGGCUGGUGAAGAAAAUUUUAUCUUGAGUUCUAACAGAGUCCUCAGGUGA